CCUUCCCAAUUCCUUUUUCUUCUCCACGAAUACGAUACUCUCUUUGCCGGAGAACACUCGCCGCCGACGGAGACGGGGUUCGUAUAGUCCUCUCUCACAAGUCUAACAUGCUUCUGGUUUCGCCUGCUUGUAGAGGUGUUUAUCUUCAGACCGUAGAUCAACCAAAGCCAAUUGAUUUAUCAGCCAGAGGUUCUUAUGCAAGUUGCUUUCAGAUUUCUCGUUCAAUCCCUAAAAGGGAGUGUUGGAUGAGGUUAGGAACCUUUGUUUGUAUCAAUCAGAACAAGAAACGACAUGUCUUUACGCAGAACGUUGAUCUUCCUCCUGUUUUACCAAAAAACAAGAAAAAGCCUUACCCUGUUCCUUUUAAGCAAAUACAAGAAGAAGCUAGGAAAGAUAAGAAACUUGCUCAGAUGGGUAUAGAGAAACAGUUAGAUCCUCCCAAAAAUGGAUUGCUAGUUCCCAGUCUUGUUCCUGUGGCUUCUCAAGUCAUUGAUAAUUGGAAGUUGUUGAUCAAGGGUUUAGCACAGCUGCUGCAUGUUGUUCCCGUCUUUGCUUGCAGUGAGUGUGGGGCUGUUCAUGUGGCUAGUUCUGGUCACAGUAUUAAGGAUUGCAAUGGUCCUACAAGUUCACAGCGGCGUGGUUCUCAUUCAUGGGUCAAAGGUACCAUCAAUGAUGUUCUUAUUCCUGUUGAGUCGUACCAUAUGUAUGACCCUUUUGGGAGACGCAUAAAGCAUGAAACUCGGUUUGACUAUGAGAGGAUCCCGGCACUUGUUGAGCUAUGUAUUCAGGCUGGAGUUGAUAUCCCAGAGUAUCCUUGUCGCAGAAGGACACAACCAAUACGAAUGAUGGGGAAGAGAGUGAUCGAACGUGGUGGAUAUGUUAGAGAGCCUGAUAAGCCGCAAACAUCAUCUUCAUUGUCAUCUCCACUAGCCGAGCUUGACACGCUUGGUGCUUGUGAAAGGUAUCCACCUCCCACACCAGAGGACAUACCUAGGAUAGCACAGGAAACAAUGGACGCUUACGUGAAAGUUAGAUUGGGGGUGACGAAACUGAUGAGCAAAUUCACAGUCAAAGCAUGCGGAUAUUGUUCUGAAGUGCAUGUAGGACCAUGGGGACAUAGUGUGAAGCUGUGCGGAGAGUUCAAACACCAAUGGAGAGAUGGGAAGCACGGAUGGCAAGAUGCUCUUGUGGACGAAGUUUUUCCUCCAAACUAUGUAUGGCAUGUGAGAGACCUUAAGGGAAAUCCACUUACCGGAAGUCUCAGGAGGUUUUAUGGUAAAGCUCCUGCUUUGGUUGAGAUUUGUAUGCACAGUGGAGCUCGGGUACCUCAACGCUACAAGGCAAUGAUGAGGCUUGACAUUAUCGUUCCUGAUUCACAGGAAGCCGACAUGGUUGCAUAGGUCCUUGGACAUGUUCAUAAUAGAAAUCCAUUGUGUUGUGAGGACGAUAAAGAAGCUUUGAUGAUAAAAUGAGCUUGGCUAGCUAGGAUCUUUCUUCAUAUAGCAUAAGAAAUACUAUUGUUUGGAUAUAAAAUAUUUUAGAAACCUUCGUUGUAAUCAGAGAAAUUGUGUUUUAUUGAUAAAUAUAAAUACUAACAGUAACAAAUUUUUGUACUAA